AUGGCGUGUGGGUCCUCCUCCUACUCCUCCCGCUCUGUCUCCAGAGCCAACAAUUUCUCCAUAUCCUGCUUCUCCAGUUCACUCUCCAGCACGCCAUCACCUGAAGUAAUCAUCUCCCCCCAGCACCAUCCAAGGUACCUCCACAUCCUCGUCCAUGUCCAUACCGCGGUUCUGGAAUUCCUCCAAGCUCCUCACCAACUUCUCAUCUUAAACCUACUGUUCCUCCUAGUUAUGCACCUAAUGGUUCCCCUUACUCGCCUUCUGCGAGUCCUUAUACGAGUCCCUCAUCUCAAUUCCUCCAAGCUGAAUCGCUGGUUGAGAUUCAGUUCAGGUUUUCCUAAAACAAACAUAACACUUAGUGAGUUUGACGGGAUAGUGUUGGACUACCCACGGCAACGUGCCACGCCUGAAACCUUGGAAAUUGGCAGAGAUCCAGAGGCUAUCGAAACAGCAAGGGGAAGGCAACUGCAUUUUUUCCACCAGUACCAGGUUGUUUGUAGGAAGCUCCCUACGGCAUUUGAUGAGCUCCCUAAGAUUUACGGAAUGAAGCUCUAG